CCUCUCAAAUUUGAAGAAAGAUUUGACGAACAUGCGGAUGCUCUUAAAAUAGAAAGCUGCUAUAUAUAACAAGAAAUGAAUCCAUACAUGUAUAUGAACAACAACGCGACAUUUGCGGUUUUCCAGACUCACCAUAGGUACAUACAUAAACAAUCAAAAUAAAAGGAAUAUCCAUUACAAAAAAAACAUUCCUUUGAUUUUAUUUUUGAGAGAGAGGGAGAAAGACGGAGGAGGGAGGUGGUCGUGGUGGUGAUUCACGUUGUGGUGGAAGAGGAAGUCGUGAUCUCGUCAGAUCGGAGCAGCAAGUGGCAAUGGGGAGGGAUGUUGGAGGUAUACGCAUUGACAAGAAGGCUAAUGCUGCCAAAUUGAACUCUGAUGAUGUUUCAGGGAUAAGUGGUGAAGAAAAGGACUAUGAGGCAGGGGAUCAUCAUACCAUGGAGGACUCAGUCACCGAAGAAUGUCAUGAGAAGCCAGAUGCACUAGGUGCCAAAAGUACGAAUCAUGAUGCUGGGAUACCUGAAGGGAAAACCUUGAAACCAGGGGAUCAAAAUUUGAGUGACCAGAAUUCGAGCUCACCUGUCAAGGGAAAUGUGCAAACACAGGACACUGUUUUGCAACCCUCUGCUCUUGUGGCAGAGAAGCAAAUUUCAAUUGAAACUCAUCCUAUUGGGGCUGAAACUGUUGAUGCUGGUGGGAAUUCUUCUUCGAACACUAGUGAUUUCCACUCCUCCGGCACUGAAGAAAAAUCACAGCCAAACUCUCCUCAGGUAUCAAGGAAGCCCCUGCAACCUGAUAUCAAGAAGCAUGUCGAUGAGGAUGAUAAUUCAUCUAUCGCGUCCUCUACUGCAACAUCUGUCUGGUCAGCAAAAUCUAGGACCACUGUCCCAGUAGCUCCUGUAUUUAGAUGUGUUGAACGUGCAGAGAAACGUAAAGAGUUUUACUCGAAGAUGGAGGAAAAACAACAUGCUCUAGAGGCGGAGAAAACAGAACAUGAAGCUCGGACCAAGGAGAAAGAAAAGAAAGUUAUAAAGCAGCUUAGAAAGAACAUGGUGUUCAAAGCAAAACCAAUGCCUGGAUUUUACCAGGAAGGACCUCCACCUAAGGCUGAACUUAAAAAGCCUCCUCCGACUCGUGCCAAAUCACCAAAAUUGAACCGGAGAAAGAGCUGUGGCGAUGCAGCUAGCUCAUCUUUGGAGAAAAAGGGAGUUUCCACCGGGACAAUUAGCCGCCACUUUAGCAGCCACAAAGAUCGUGGUAGUACUACCACCACUGACAGCCCUAUGAAAAACAAGGACCAGGUCAGCAGAAAGAGUGGUAAUGACACUAGCAAAAUUAAGGAUCGUUCUAAAACAGUGAAGGAGACCACGACUGAAACAACCCCUCAUGCAAGGGCCGAGCAGACUGCAGACAUCACUGUCAACGGCUAGUUUUUCUCUAUGUUGAAUAGGAGAAGAAGUUGGAGAAUUUCUUUGUUGGGCCAUUUGGGUGUUGUAUAAGGAAACAACUCAUUAUCUCUUCUUGUUUGCAAUGACUUGUUCAAGUAGUACAUAUCUCAUAAAUGAAUUGUAUAUUUUCUGUUACUUACACCAUUACAUGUAUAUUAUCUAUAAGAGAUACUCUUAUAAUGUACGCACAAAUUGUUUGUUUACAUUUUAUCUUGUUGUAUACAUUUUCUUAAUACA